UGUCAGGUGCCUGGAGCUUGGGAGAGGAAAAGGUGUGGAUGAGAAGAAGCCAGGUAGAGGGGUGGAAGCUUAUUAAUGAGAGGAAGUGGAAAAUUAACUUCUGAUUGGCGACCAUUAUUAACCUUCAUUACUGAACGGAAGUAAAAUUGUUCAGUGUUGAUCCAGGCGGGUUUUUGUUAGAAAUUUUCUCUCAAGGAUACUGCAUUUUUUAAGUAAACCAUGGGUGGCUGUAGCUUGGGGAAUGAAGGUUGUGAAUUGACAGCUGGUUUUGCUUGCUUGCUUUACUAUUUGGUGUGUGGAUGUGGGUGAGAAGCAAGGCCUCUUGUGCAGUCCUGUUCUGGGUCUGUUCCCACCACUUUUUCCUCAGUUGUCUUCUGUGUUUUUAAUUUAAAAAUUUUUUUAAUCUCCUCCUCCUUGUUCCCUUAGCUUGAGCCAUUGAACACCAGAGGGAUCAAACAGAAGGGUCUGGCAAGUGGGGGAGGAGCCUGCAGCUGUUGCCUAGAAGAGGAGCUCCUAGCAACAGUAAAAGCAGGCCCUGAGGCUCUGACUUUGCCCCUUUGAGUAACCAAAGCAAUGUCUUACUACCUCAACUCUGACAACCACCUAGACCCAGGACCCAUCUACGUGAGAGAAAAUGGGCAGUUGCACAUGGUCAAUCUGGCCUUGGAUGGUGUCAGGGGUAGUCUGCAGAAGCCAAGGCCUUUUAGACUAUUUCCCAAAGGCUUCUCUGUGGAGCUUUGUAUGAACAGAGAGGAUGAUACUGCACAGAAAGAGAAGACUGAUCAUUUCAUCUUCACAUACACCCGGGAGGGGAAUCUUCGGUACUCGGCCAAGUCCCUCUUCAGUCUCGUCCUGGGCUUCAUCUCCGACAACGUUGAUCACAUUGAUUCCCUCAUUGGCUUUCCUGAGCAGAUUGCUGAGAAGCUGUUCUCUGCUGCUGAAGCCAGACAGAAAUUCACAGAGCCAGGGGCAGGCCUGCGGGCUUUACAGAAAUUCACUGAAGCCUAUGGAAGCCUGGUGCUUUGCUCCUUGUGUUUGCGAAACAGAUAUCUGGUAAUUUCAGAAAAACUUGAAGAGAUUAAGUCUUUCCGGGAGCUGACAUGCCUGGAUCUUUCCUGUUGCAAGCUUGGAGAUGAACAUGAGCUUCUAGAACAUCUCACCAAUGAGGCCCUGUCUAGUGUAACUCAGCUCCACCUGAAGGAUAAUUGUUUAUCUGAUGCCGGGGUGCGGAAAAUGACAGCGCCAGUCAGAGUGAUGAAAAGAGGCCUUGAAAAUCUAACACUGUUAGACUUGUCUUGUAACCCUGAGAUCACAGAUGCAGGGAUUGGAUAUCUCUUUUCUUUCAGAAAAUUAAACUGCUUAGAUAUCUCUGGGACGGGGCUCAAGGAUAUCAAAGCUGUGAAACACAAGCUCCAGACCCACAUAGGUCUUGUUCACUCCAAAGUGCCUUUGAAGGAAUUUGACCACAGUAACUGCAAGACCGAAGGCUGGGCUGACCAGAUUGUACUGCAGUGGGAGCGUGUAACCUCAGAAGCAGUGAAGCCAAGAAAAACAUCAGAGGCUCAAAAGGCAGCUCAGCACUUCUAUGGGAAGAGAGCACAAACAGAAGCCCCAGUGAAGUGUACCCUGGCAGAUGCCCACGUGAACUCGUCUGAGAAACUUCAGUUCUAUAAAGAGAAAGCACCAGACUGCCACGGGCCCGUGUUGAAAUGCGAAGCUGUUUCAAGUCAGGAGUCAAAAAAGAGCAAGAAGAGAGCUUUUGAGGAACCAGCGAGGGAACAGAGUAGCCCUCCACAGUCUUCAAAGCAGAAAUAUGUGUGUCUUGCUAUGGAGGACUGGGACUUGUUAAAUUCCUGCUGACAGGCAGGUAGAAGCUGACUUUCCCCUCCUCCAACUCUAAUGUAUGAGGAAAGGGGACUAAUGGCUGUUUUCCUUUUCGUUUGAAUUUACCUCUGGCACUAGCCGAGCAGGCAGAUGUUUCUACUUUUGUGGUGGGGGAGGGGAAUGCUAUGGAGGUAUGUAAUAAUUUCUAAUGUAUAUUUUCAAUACAUAGUAAUUUUUCCAAAUAAACAUUUUUGCUGUCCUUAUGCAAUCUGGGGAUUAAAAAUAUUAAUUUCA